CAAUGAACUUUAAUCUCGAUGAUGUGAAGGCCAAAGCUGCACCUGCUGUUAAGUUGAAGGAGAGGUUAACUGAUAAGAUAUAUAUAGACGUUACACCAUUGGACAGUCAUAUGGCAGAGCCUCCAGCUGCAGCAGUACCUUUUAAGGAAGGAACCUUUGGUGGGCUCGAGCAGACAGUGGUAAAUCCCAUGGUUAUAAACGAAGAGUGGGUUUGCUGUGAUCGUUGUGAGACGUGGCGUCUCCUACCAUAUGGCAUAGAUCCGGAGCAACUUCCUGAGAAGUGGGUAUGCAGCAUGCUAGAUUGGCUCCCAGGAUAUAAUCGUUGUGACAUCAGUGAAGAUGAAACUACAGCAGCUCUUCGCGCGCUGUAUAAAAUUCCUGCCCCUCAAAAUCAACACAAUUUCCAAGCUCAGGCGAAUGGAACCAUGGCCAGUACACCUACAACUACUGUGCACAAUUUAAAUAAGAACCAUCAUAACUUUGCGUCUGAUCCAACGAAGAAACAGAAACUGCGAAAAAGACCGAGUGCAGUCAGCGGGAGUUAUCCACUUCAGUCUAAAAGUCAAAUGCAAAUGCCUCUGUCGGAUUCAGAACAUGAUGGUAUGAAGGAUGUGAACCUGCCUCUAGCGAGGGGAAAUUUUACAAACCAAAUCGAUAUGCAGCACCCAAGUAAUUCAGCAUCUGGUUUGGCCAUACUAAAUAAACGAAAAGGAGAGCAUCUGACAGGAGCUGAUUCAAUUCUGAGGAAGAAAAUCAAGCAGGAAUCGGGUAGAUAUUUACAGGGGAAGGAGCAAACGAAAAGGAUUAAGUCUAAAGAUGUUCCUACAUUUGACAAUGAUGUUGUUGAGAAUGGACUCAGUGUGACACCAGGCUUUCCGAGUAAGGCAGCUUUGAGGAACGGGACGAAAACGAGUCCCAAAAAAGAAGUGAUCUCUGUUGGACGUGGCAAUAUCCAAAUUAACGUGAAGCAUGGAGAAGUUAUGCGAAAUUUACCACAUAAUGGGCCUCUGGGAGUGGAAACUUGUAAUGCUGGACAGGUAACAGCUAGAAAGAUAAAAUUGAAGGAUAAUGUGUCCGUCCAAGAAAGAAAAGUUUCUAUUAACAAGAACAAGAAUAGUGAUGUUCAUAGAGAUAAGAAACAGCGAGUAUCUCAUAAUGAAGAUGAUGGAUUUAGAGGAAGUCGGGUUGGUGAUAUUUUGAAAAGAAGAAGUGUGGAGUUGGGGAAUAAAGGAUAUCCAAUGGAUAAUAGCAUCGAGAAUGAACAGCAGGUGAAAAAACCUAAAGCAAAGAUGCAUCUCACUAUUGAAGAUAUAGAUGAACUGAGAAAGGAUUUAGGUUGGGAACAGCUGUCAACGGCUGCCACUUCGAGCUCCUCCAAGAUUUCCGAUUCCCGCAAAAACAGGCUUAGCUACGCUGAGAUGAAAGGCUCGCCAGUGGAGUCGGUUUCUUCAUCUCCCAUGAAGAUGCUCUAUCAGAAUCAGGUGUCACCAAUGUUGAUCGGGACUGCAGGGAAAGUUGAUUUUAGGUUCGACGUUGCUGCAGUAAGCAGUGCAAAGAAACAGGAGAUGGAUACGAAUUCCGAAUUCGGCACAUUUAGGAGGAGAAAAUCUGGCCUAACCAUGGACAAUGGCUCGAAAAUUUCAGCCAUUAACAACAAUGAUGAUCAUGCACCCAAACAUGAAGUGUUGAGUAACAUGAGACAUCCUCUCUCUGGCGAUUUCAGCCUCAAGUCUGGUCAAAACAGUCCAGUUGUUGGUAAGAACAGUAUCCGAAAAUCGAAGGACAGCAGUAGUGAGAAGCAACCUAUACAGAGAGAACGUGAUAAGAAUGAGUUAGAAUUGAAUAAUCCCUGCAGAAGCAAUGCUGUGCAUCAGAGCCAUAAGCACGAUCCUCCAACAAGAAUAGAGCCAAGUUCCGCCCUGAUGGAACCGUGGAGCGGAAAGGUCUGCAUUGAGCGUCAGGGACAAGACGCAGUUCUUCCUAGCAAACAAGCAUCAGGGCCAUUGGGUCCCUUGAAAAAGAGUCCUAUGGACUCAAGACCCCACAAUGCGUUUGUACGCGAUACAUCAAAAUAUCAAAAAGGCACUACUGAUGAAAAUGUCAUUAUUAAAGAAGCAGAGAAACGAUCUUUACCUCUUGAUGCAGGCCUUUGGAACAAGAAUGUCUCUAGUGCUACUGCAUCUGCUGCUUUGAAAGAAGCUGAAGGCGUCAUAAAAGAAGCAGAAGAACUUAGAACCCAUGCUGAUCUAAUCAAGAAUUCUGGUUUUAGCUCUGAAAGUAAUUAUGAAUACUUUAAAGCUUCCCUAAAGUUUCUUCACAGAGCUUCACUUCUGGAAGUUUGUGACGCAGAGCCUAGCAAACAGAUGGAGACGAGUCCAAUGCAAAUGUAUGAUGCUGCUGCCCAACUUUGCAAAAUAUGUGCAAGUGAAUAUGAAAAAGGCCAUGAAUUGCCCUUUGCUGCUUUGGCAUAUAAAUGCAUGGAGGUGGCUUACCUGAAGGUAGUUUAUUGCAAAAGCUCAUCAGCAUACAGAUUUUGCCAAGAUUUGCAAUCGAGUCUGCAAAUGGUUCCACAGGGUGAAUCUCCGUCAUCUUCCGCUUCUGAUGUUGAUAACUUGCAUAAUUUAGCAAUGGCGGACAAGGCCGCAUUGUGUAAAGGCAGUGGCCCUCAUGCUGCAAAUCAUGUUAUAGUGCCUCGCAAUCGCCCCAACUUUGUCUGGCUGCUUGAUUUUUCGAAAGAUGUGAAUUCUGCAAUGGAAGCUGGCAAGAAAUCGCAGGAUGCGUUUGCAGCCACCCAUGUUGAACUCAAAAAGUCUCAGAACAGAGACGCGAUUGCUUCGAUCAAGAGAGUUAUUGACUUUAGUUUUCAAGAUGUAGAGGAACUCGCACGUUUGGUAUGGUUCGCGUUUAACUCCAUCAACCACCAAGGUCUUCGUGGAGACUAGUCGAGAUACACACACUCUUCUAUCCCUGGAGCUAUGUAUUUAUGUACAUGUGUACAAAAUGGGAUCAAUUCUUGUAAAAGCAUUUUUAACUGCUGCUGCUGCUUCUUUUCUUCACAAGAUUAGGGCUCGAAACCCCUAUGUAAUGUCAGCUGGGAACGGGUUUUGUGAGCAUUAAAGCCACGAGAUUCGGAGCCCGAAUGAGAGUGCAGUUUAGAUAUUGUAGGUUAUAGAUCAUAGGUUAACACUUAACAAUAGUGAAAUUACAAUUCAAUAUAGCUAAUUAUUUGACAAACUAUUUAUCAACA